UCCAAAGUUUUCGUGCAUGGUUUAUCGUAUUAAUUGAUGUGUUUUUGGGAAUAUUUGUAGCGGGAAUGAUCUUAUUACAAAUAUCACUAUUGACCAUAUGCGUGGCAACUACAGCAUCAUUACAUCAUUGUUGUGAUUUUAAUGAUCUAAGUAAAAAAUUUCGUUUAUUGUCACAACAAUUGUGUUUGAAGCAAAAUUAUUCAAAUAAAAAUUCUUUGCAAUUACGAUCAAUUUAUUUUGAACAUAUUCGUCUUAGUGGUUACAUAAUACGUGGAGAUCGUGAAAAAUGGAGUAGAGCAUCAUUUCAAUUUAUUAUGCUUGGAAUACCAUUCAAUGUUUGUUUUGUAUGCUUUUUGAUAUUUGGUCAUCCUGGUCCAAUUGAACAAAUUCUUUAUUUAUUUUUUACUGUAAUGCAUUUAUUAAUUACGAUAUUUCCAUCAGCAUCAGGAGCACAUGUUCAUAAGUGUAUGAUACAAAUUCGUUCGCAUAUUCCGAAAACUAUUCCAUAUAUACGAAAUAUACGAUUGAAAUUACAAUAUGACGAUUUUUAUAACCGUUUUAUGUAUGGUAAACCAUGUUGUUUUACAUUCGGUGUUAUCGGUGCUAUUACCUAUUCUACUCUUGUUCAGGUAUCAAUUGCUUAUGUUUCAAUAUUCACUAUGGUAGCUAGUUUUUAUAUGAAAAAUUUUAUUCAAUAA